GCGGUGGCGCGGCUGUGGCGGCGGGCGCGAUGGCGGCGCGCCGCCUGGUGCUCAACGGGCUGACGGCCGAGGUGGGCCCCGGCGCGCCGCCGCCGGCCGCCGGCGCCGCCGGCUCGCCCGGCUCGCCCGACUCGCUCGAGUUCUACCACGAGCUAGAGCUGUACCGGCAGCUGCUGGCGCUGCCGCCGCCGCACGGCAGGCGCGCGCGCACGCCCGACCCGCCGCCCGCCAGCAGGGAACACGAGGAGCCGCCGCGUCGCAGCCGCACGCCUGGCGCGCGCGCCUCCGCUCCUCCGCCGCCGGCCGCCGUUGCCGUCGCUGUCGCCAGGCCCGCCAAGUACCUGGGCUCGUUCCCGGUGGGCGGCGGGGAGCACGCGGCGCGCGUCGACACUGUCACCACACACCUGCAUCUUAUGAAGGAGAACGGGCGUGCAGUUCCGGUGCUGGUGGUGAUCGCGCUCACAGGCCUCCGAGUAUGCAACCCGGACGAUCAGCAGAGUGUGCGCAUGUCGCACGCGCUGCGCCGCAUCUCGUACGCGACGUGUGAGUCGUCGAGGGCGCUGUUCGCGUACGUGGCCCGCGAGCCACGCACCGAGCCCGCCAACCACUACUGCUACGCCUUCGAGACGGACACGCCCGACCAGGCGGAAGAAUUGAAUACGCUAGUGGGAGAUGCGUUCCGAAUGGCUUUCGCGUCGCAGCUGCAGCCUUCUGCCCCGCUCUGGAGCAAGGAGUUAAGUGGCGAGUGUGGCGGCAUGGGAGUGCGCGCGCCGGACUCACUGCCAGGCCUUACACACCACUAUCCGCCUAGGUCCCCAGCGAAAUGUGACAUAAUGGGCGUGACGAAGCUAGUGAAUGAAGUGAGUCCAAGUAGCUCCGAGGAGUCCAACUCGCCGACGGAGAUCAACUGCUACCGGCGGCUCGGCGACCGGCCGCCGCUGAUGAAACGGAUCGCUAUGGGCUUCAGUGGGGCGCUGCUGCAGCCGUCGGACGACGACUCCACGCCACUCGUCACUGAUACACCAACUACACCCACAAAUUUACCACUAUGCCUCAAUGGUGGUUACAUAAACGAAGCAUCAGAAGCGGAAGCUCGAACGAGAGAAAGCAACAGAGAGGUGCCUGCGCCACCGCGUCGCACCGAAACACUACAAGGAGACCUCGACGUAGACUUCAGACGGUGUACCAAUAUUAAAAAUAGCAGUCCAGUGGGUGCUUGUAGUCGAACGACGUCUUCUUCCUCAGGAGCGUCGUCGUGUGGAGGUUCCCACGCGUCUGGCAACAACAAUGCUCCACGCGCCGAGCCUGAACUGAGACAAGCGCCGUGGUUUCAACAAGGAAUACCUAGAGAGAUAGCUCUCGAAGUACUAAGCAGUCAGGCUGUCGGUGCGUUUUUGGUACGUGGCAGUACAACGCAAGCCGGCUGUUUCGCACUGUCCGUACGCGUGCCCAGAGACUUCCAGCCUUCAGGAAUCGCACACUAUUUGAUACUGAGGACGCCCAAGGGAUAUAAGAUAAAGGGGUUCACGAAGGAGUUCACGUCGCUAUCGGCGCUGGUGACGCACCACAGCGUGAUGCCGGAGCUGCUGCCGGUGCCGCUGCGGCUGCCGCGCGCGCCGGCCCGCGCGCCGCCCGCGCGCCGCGACCACGCGGACAUCGACACCGUCGCGCACCACGCGCGCCACCCGCACGCGCGCGCACACCACCACCUGCAGAACUUCCUCGCGCAGCUCGACGUCUGAGCGCACCACGCGCACCACGCGCGCCACCCGCACGCGCGCGCACACCACCACCUGCAGAACUUCCUCGCGCAGCUCGACGUCUGAGCGCACCACGCGCACCACGCGCGCCACCCGCACGCGCGCGCACACCACCACCUGCAGAACU